AUGCCUAUCCUCAACGGCGAUGCCAUGACUGGCGGUGUCCCGCUCCUCGCCAACAAAGAAAUUUUGCCUUAUGAGAAGGCUCUCGAAUAUUUGAACGAGUAUGACUCCCGUGAUGGUCUCUCGAUCGACCAACUCUUGGACUCGAACAAAAAUGGCGCUCUCACAUACAAUGACUUCCUCGUUCUGCCAGGAUACAUCGGCUUCGCAGCCGCUGAAGUCAGUCUCGACUCGCCCGUCACUAAGCGGAUUUCGCUGAAGACACCGCUCCUUUCAUCACCUAUGGACACGGUCACAGAGGACAACAUGGCCAUCCACCUGGCUCUCCUCGGUGGCCUCGGUGUUAUCCACCACAAUUGUUCUGCCGAUGAUCAAGCAGACAUGGUCCGGAAGGUCAAGAGAUACGAGAAUGGCUUCAUCACAGAUCCCAUCUGCUUGUCGCCAGAGACUACCGUCGCUGAAGCCAUCGCUCUCAAAGAGAAAUGGGGCUUCGGUGGCUUUCCUGUUACCGAGAAUGGCAAACAGAACUCAAAGCUCAUUGGCAUCAUCACAAACCGCGAUAUUCAGUUCCACCACCACGACAAUGAUCCCGUUACAGCGGUCAUGUCGACUGAUUUGGUCACCGCUCCAGCUGGCACCACCCUCUUGGAGGCCAACGAGGUCUUGCGCCAGUCCAAGAAAGGCAAAUUGCCCAUCGUAGAUUCGAAUGGCAACCUCGUGUCCUUACUGUCACGCACCGAUUUGACCAAGAAUCACAACUAUCCACUGGCAUCGAAGCUGCCACACUCCAAGCAGCUCAUUUCUGCCGCCGCUAUUGGCACGCGCCCUGACGACAAGAACCGACUGCAGAAGCUGGUCGAUGCAGGCCUCGACAUCGUCGUCCUGGACAGCUCCCAAGGUAACAGCUUGUACCAAAUCGAGAUGGUCAAGUACAUCAAGGACAAAUACCCAGGCCUGGAUGUCAUUGCCGGAAACGUCGUCACCAGAGAGCAAGCCGCUUCUCUGAUCGCUGCUGGAGCUGAUGGUCUACGCAUCGGCAUGGGUAGCGGCAGCGCCUGCAUUACUCAGGAAGUCAUGGCUGUCGGUCGUCCACAGGCCACCGCUGUGCGUGCCGUCUCGUCUUUCGCAGCACGAUUCGGCGUCCCCUGCAUUGCUGAUGGUGGUAUCCAGAACGUUGGUCACAUCGUCAAGGGCCUAGCAAUGGGCGCCUCCACCGUUAUGAUGGGAGGUCUUCUCGCCGGCACAACCGAAUCUCCUGGUCUUUCAUUCGUCCGUGACGGUAAACUUGUCAAGGCGUACCGUGGAAUGGGCAGCAUUGACGCUAUGGAAGACAAGAAAGCUGGCGCUGGCUCCACAGGAAACGCAAAGGCCAGCAAUGCUGGCACAGCUCGAUACUUCUCUGAGGGCGAUCGCCUGCUAGUCGCGCAGGGCGUCUCUGGAUCCGUCCUGGACCGUGGUUCAGUCACCAAGUUCGUUCCAUACCUGAUUGCUGGCGUACAGCACUCACUGCAGGACAUCGGCAUCAAGAGUCUUGUCGAGCUUCGAUCCGGCGUCAACGAGGGCUCUGUCAGAUUCGAGCUCCGCACUGUGAGCGCUCAGGCCGAGGGCAAUGUCCACGGUCUGCACAGCUAUGACAAGAAGCUGUAUUCUUAA